UCAGCCUCCACUACGCUCUUCGUUCAGCAUGGCGACGAAGUACAGUAUCGGCGACCCUGUGUGGGCAAAAAUGAAAGGCUUCUCCCCGUGGCCAGGAAAGGUGGCCAACCCAACCAAGGAGGUCAAGAGACCGGCCCUGAAGAAGCCGAUGCAUUGCAUUUUCUUUUUCGGAACCAACAACUAUGCAUGGAUCCAGGAAGACCAAAUCAAGCCAUAUGAAGCCAGCAGGGAGCAGUUCUCGAAGUCCAGUAAGACCGCCAGUUUCAAGGAAGCCUUGGAAGCCAUUGAAGAUUAUGUCAAGAACCUUCCAGAACAACCGGUCAGAAGCUCUGAUCUGCCCAGCAUUGAUGAGGAGAUUUCCACAAUAUUCCCUAACGGUUCUGUGAGCCCCAUAGCGAACACACCAACCAAGGGCUCACCAUCAACAAGAGUGGCCGCCUCUGAAGAUGAGGUUGAGGAGGCGCCUGCAACCCCCUCUGCGACGCCGUCAAAAACUCCCAAAACACCAAAGGAACCUGUUACGGCUGACAAAGAGCCAAAACGAAGAAAAAGAGAGCCGAAGGACCAGUCACGUCGGGCCUCCAAGCGGACCUCUUCUGAGAGCAGCAGCACAGGCUCAGCACCUGUGAAGAGAAACAAGACAGCUGCCACCGAGAAGGCUUCCUCGGUGUCCGCUGCGACACCAAAUAACAAUGCGGCUGGCUUCAACAGUGUCUCUCACACUACUUCAUCAUCGAAGUCCAGCUCUAAUCUCCUGCGGCAGUCUUACAUCACAAGGCCUGUGACACCACCCCUGGAUGUGGAGAGGAUAUCGGAUGUCUUGCGGUCAAAACAUGUCAGCCCGUCAAGCCUCAAGUUUGGCUUUCUGGGAUUGGGCAACAUGGGCCAAGGCAUGGUGAAGAACCUCAUCAAUUCGGGUCACCACAUCACCGUAUGGAACAGGACACCUUCCAAGUGCCGAGAUUUCGUAAAAGCGGGUGCGGUCAAGGGUUUAACCCCUGCCGAUGUUGUGGCAGCAUCUGACAUCACCUUCUGCUGUGUAUCAAAUUCUCAUGCAGCCAAGGAGAUGGUGUUCGGCAAUUGUGGUGUUUUGCACGAGAUUAAAGACAACAAGGGCUAUGUAGAAAUGACAUCUAUAGACCCUGACACAUCGCAGGACAUAUCAGAGGCUAUCAUGCUCAGAGGUGGGCGGUACCUGGAAGCACCAGUCUCAGGCUCAAAAAAGCCUGCCGAGGAUGGUACCCUCAUCAUCCUGGCCGCUGGUGACCGAUCACUUUUCAACGACUGUGCCAGCUGCUUCGAGGCUAUUGGCAGGCAUGCAUUCUACUUGGGGGAGGUGGGAAAUGGCUCCAAGAUGAGUCUCAUCCUGAACAUGCUGCUGGGGACAACAUUAGCGGGUCUCGCAGAAGCUAUGGCUCUGUGCGACCGGGCUGAGCUGUCCCAGAAAGAUCUACUGGAGAUACUUGAACUGGGCGACCUCAAUUCAGCAGUCAUCAGUCAGAAAGGCCAAGCCAUUAUUGAAGGCACCUUUGCCACCAACAUGCCUCUACAGCACCUUCAAAAGGACCUCUGCCUUGCCAUUGGCAUUGGUGACCAGUUGGAACAGCCUUUACCAGUCACAGCGGCAGCAAAUGAGGUAUUCAAGCAUGCCAAGAAGCAUGGCUACGCGGAACAUGACGCCUCGGCAGUGUACAUCCGGACUCGGCUCUGAAGGCCCCAAGACGCCUCCCUCUGAGAAAAGAGAGAAAUACAAGAGCAGGGAGUGCAAGACACACACACAGCUGCAUGUGGUACCGGAGGGGGAGGCAGGAUCAUCCCAUCUACGGGUUCUUCCAGCCCACAAAAUUAGGAACAGCAUCUGCAGUGCACUUGAGGCAAGGGUUGACUAGGAAGUGUGGUGCCUUGUUAUCAGCAACGCUUUUGUAGGCCACAGUCGCAUCAUUGGCUACCCUUUUGUGCUUGCAAUUAGUUUGCCUUGCUUAAGGCUGGGACGCUUAGCUGAUCCUUAAGCAUCAUUUUUUUCCUAAGCAGUGGCAGCCUUGUUGAGCCAAGUUCUCUGAGCUGUAAAUCGCUCACCUUGUAGAUUACAUUCAGCCUAUUGAGAAGCUGGACGAGAUGUUCUAGAUGAUUACUUGCUUAUUAAUCUUGCACCAAUCUUAAACGGAUAUUUUGUGAAAGAUCGUGUUACGACAAAUUGUGUGUCUCAUAGUACAUCAAUAUUUUAGUUUCUCAAUUGUGUUUGAAGCAAUGUAUUCAUAGUGAAGUCGCAGUUCAGCAUGAUCAUGCAUUAAAAUUGUUAAAUAUUUGUUUGGCGAUGUUUGCGUUUCGCUUUCCUUGUUCAGUGGUGAGAUUUUUGUCUGUUGUGUUGAAUGUAAUGAACAUACAAAAACUGGUGCUCGCCAUUUUCUGCCUUGUUUUUUUUUUUUCUCCAACUUCGAGCUGCUGAAUUUUUUAUGAAAGGGCAUUCUUCAUAUUGUAACAAAGGGCAGCAUUCACGAUUAGAUGUGUUGCUGCCGCUGUGUGUGUGCGUGAGUGUCAAUAUGGCCAGUGCAUUGCAUGCCUGUUCCUGCUAAAGAGUACAAGAUCUCCUUCAUCCCUUCCUUUCUCAUUGCAUUAUGAAGGAAGAUCAGAAACUGCUGUUUGCGUUUUUAUUCUGCACCGACUCUUGCCCUUAGGCUGGGAUGUGGGUGCCGUACCGAGUCCCAUGUGCAGGUCUGCACGGCCCAUCUUUUCAUUCUCUGGGCAGCAUUGAGUGCUGAGCUCUCCUGCUGUUAUACAUAUUAACUACAACACCCCAUUCCAUAAAAAAGUGUUACCAUGUCAUACAUACACCAGAGAAAUAAAACUAUCAUGUUCACUUUAUUUUAA